AUGGAAAAAACUGAGCACGACCCAAAAGAUGUACAGACGGAAAGUUUUGAAAACAUCGAACUAGGAGGGACACCAAACGGGUUCACUCAAGCUGCUGGAAUAUUGCCUUCGCAGAUAAAAGACGGCGAAUAUCAAGACGGAGUAAAGGGCUCUGAAGAACCUCCUCCUCGGGAGGAAUUUAUUGCGGAGAAUAACAUGAAAAAUCAGCAUAAUUGUUCCACAAAUUCAAAACAAUUUACUAUAUUUUGCAACCCGUGCGAGCGCCUACAAACAUUAACCGAUUUCAUCAUACGAUAUGCUUCCCAGGGCUGGGAAACAGAGGCGUUGUCUCUCUGUUUUCAGGUUUUAAAGGAUCUCGAAAAAGACAGUUCCUGUCCACAUCCGUCGGUGGAAGCCAUGUUGAAUGGGUUGACGAUAGAAUACAUCAAACAGAAUAGAUGUAAAGCAGCCGUCGAUUUACUGAACCAAGUUUUGAUGAUUCAAAAGAAAAUAUUGGGCGAGGGCCAUAUUGGCGUGAGAGCCACACUUAAAAUCCUCGCAUCAUUGCACGAACAUCUUGCUAUAUAUGAAAACGCCGAAUCGUUGUCCAAGUCAAUGCUAGAAGUUCAGGAAACAGUAUUUGGAAAAACUCAUGCAGUCGUUGCCAAACAGCUCAACCGCAUGGCGUUGAUUUGCUUAAACCUGGGAAAAUAUGAAGAGGCAGAACUAUACUACCAGCGAGCAUCGAGAAAACAUGAGUUACAGCUUGAUUCGGGUGACAUCGAUGUAGCUGAAAUUGAGCAAAAUUUGGAAAAAUGUAAUUUGAUGAGAAGCGGAAACUUCGAUGAAUCUGAAAUCGUCUAA